CAAAAUUUCCCAAACAAAGCACAAUCGAAAUCAAACGACCCCGAAGGAGACGAUAUAAUCGCAUACAUAUAAAGACGACGAAAGGGGCCUCCCUUGCUGUGUUUCCGGUGAAUCUGAAUCAGAAUCUCGGAGAGAGGGAGAAGCGAUGGGCGAGAGCAGCUCCAUCGUCGACGAAGAUUUACUUCUCAAGAACUUCUUCGCCGAAGUCAGCGAAGUUGAGCGCGACAACGAAGUCAUUAGGAUACUUUCGUGCUUCAAGCUAAAUCCAUUUGAGUAUCUUAAUUUGUCAUUUGAUUCAUCUCUAGAGGAUGUGAAAAGGCAAUAUCGUAAGUUAUCUUUGCUGGUUCACCCUGACAAGUGCAAGCAUCCACAAGCUAAGGAGGCAUUUGGUGCAUUAGCAAAAGCCCAACAACUAUUGCAUGAUCAACAGGAACGGGAGUAUGUCCUUAACCAAGUUAAGGCUGCAAAAGAGGAACUUAGAGCAAAGAGGAAGAAGGAGCUGAAGAAAGAUACUGCUUCUAAGAUCAAGUCAUUAGUUGAUGAGGGGAAGUAUGAGCAAGAUUAUGAGAGAUCAGACGAAUUUCAGCAGCAACUAAAAUUGAAGGUUCGGGAGAUCUUGACAGAACAAGAGUGGCGGCGGAGAAAAAUGCGGAUGAGGAUAUCAGAGGAGGAAGGUAGACUGAAGAAGGAUGAGGAAGAAGCAAAGGAAAUGUGGAAAAGAAAACGUGAACAUGAGGAGCAGUGGGAAGGAACAAGAGAACAACGGGUUUCCAGUUGGAGAGAUUUUAUGAAGGGCGGAAAGAAGGUAAAGAAAGGGGAGAUCCGACCGCCAAAGCUCAAGACUGAAGAUCCUAACAAAUCUUAUGUUCAGAGGCCUGUGAAGCGAGGUUAAAUUUUAAGUUUCGGGGUUUCAUGGAAUUCCCUCUUCAGGCUUGACAAGAAGAAAUUACUGAAACUGGGACGCUGGUAGAAAAAACAAAGGAAAGUUUCAGGUUGAGUAUAAUUUGUAUUCGACCAUUUGAAGGUGGCCUUUGACAUUUGACCUUUGACCUUUGUUUUAGUGUAUAACUUGCAAUCCUGUAAUAGAUUUAUGAUCUUCAUAACGAGGAGUCUGAUAGGUGUUUUGUCUUGUAA